AUGCGGCCAGUUAUUACAUUUCGAAGCAUUAUUGAGCAUGGUGCGCAUAAUCGUGAUAGUAUGUCGCGCAAAAUGUAUUACUUAUUGCAGACUUUCUCAUAAUCACUUUCUACCCAAACGUGAAUGCCAAAUACGCGAUGUACCUGAAAGUGUCGCCUCACUCUGUGCUUAGUAUUCCCACCGGGACUUUUGAAGACCAACGAAAGUCUUGGUCUCGUGAAUCUGGCCCACAGAGACUACAGGGAAGGACAAUAGCUAAAAGAAAUGUCUCUGUUCCUCAGAAACUUCGGAGCGUGAAAAAAGGUCAAUUGGCCUAGGACUGCUUAACUUUUCUUUAGAUGUAAACAGGGACAUGUCAACAGAAGUUAAAGUGACUAAAACACGUCCCGUGACAGAGAAAAAGUGAGAAGAAAUACGUUAUUUUAAUAUCGUUUCAUCAGUUGA